CUCUUCAACCUCAUCAAGGUCAUUUUUCAUGCCUUUCGCUGUGGAUCGUCCAACAUGAAAACAAACCUCCUUGUUGCCUAACAAGAAACCCAAGUCUUCUACCAUGCCUUGGAUGAUGAGUCCCAUGCUCUCAUCGAGUAUCUUGACCAUCGCCAAUCGCUCCUUUCUACGCAUGUGUACCAGACGAGUGUAUUCUCCGGAAGAUCCCAACAUGAACACCACCACCUUGAACGAGAAUCAAACCAAGUCGGAUGAGUCCAACAAGUGGAACAUCCCCAUGUUCGAGGUCUUGGGAACUGGUCAGGUCUCGUUAUCACAACAGAAGAUGCAAGAUAUCGCUCACAUCAAAAACCAAUCCAAUCUACCUAUCCGAGAUAUGCGCAUGUUCUACCAGAGUAAGGUCCUACAAGAAUCCUUACCCGUGAUCUUAUCUCGGCCUUCAUCGCACUGUUUCUUGCUCAGCUUGGAGCAUAUCCGACUCUAUUGUCUAAAAGACCGAUGUCUCAUCCUAAGUCCGGAGGAGAUCCCCGUCCAAUCGUUCGCUGCCGAUCUCAAGCAUCGGUUGACGGUGGGACAAAAUCGGCAAGAGGUCCGGAACGGGGAGCCCACUAUGCAUCAUUUCCUGGAGUCCUUGAACAACGGAUCGCACGACAAAUUCGAAGUGAUUGUACUAGAAACGGCCUUAGGUCACGUGGUGAGUAAGUUCAAGCGAUUGUUGAACAUCUUGAAGCCCGUGUUGGACCUGGUGCUCCAAGAGACCUCAGCCACGCCCAAUUCGGCCAUGUUGAGACGAAUCUUGGCUUUUAGAAAGAGCUUGAACACUUUCGAAAUGUCUGUAAAGAACGUGCGAAGUGCUGUGACCGAUAUUCUACGAGACCAAGUUGAUCUGGAGGGACUUUGUUUAACGGAGGACUCGAAGCCCGCUCACGAUGAAAUGGAGUUAUUGUUGGAAGCCUACAAUUCAGAUCUCAAAGAAAUUGAGUGCGAGCUUCGGAACAUCCAAGAGAUGAUCGAAGACACCAACGACUUCAUCAAGAUCCACUUGAACAGUACGCGCAACAAAAUGAUCCGCAUGGGUCUCUUCAUGGAAAUGGGCACCUUGGCCGUGGGCUCGGGAGCUUUAGUGGCCGGAACGUUCGGUAUGAACCUCACGCAUGGAUUCGAAGAACAUCCCACAGCCUUCUACGUGACCACGGGUGGCAUACUUUUCGUCAUUUCCUCGGUCUUUGGCAUGACCGUGCGCCGGUACAACGUUAUGAACUUUGAUUACACCAGUGCUCGGAGCUACCAGGCCUUGAAGCACUUUUUUAGUUAUGUUGAGAAUAUCGAGGCAGCCAUUCAGAAGAGUGAAGGCAAGACCAUCGAUAAGGGCGAAUUCCGGACCCUACUCGAACCUGUGAUUGGAACGCAGUUAUCGCAAGAAGAGAUUGACGAUAUCUUCGAGGUUCUGGAUCAGAACCAUGAUGGCUGGGUAAAUAUUUCCGAGCUUACUCAUCCGGUGAACCGAACAUUCAUCUCCAAACAGAUGCAAAAACAAAGAAAACGCUGAUUCUGAAGCAGUAUUGGCAGUAAUGAUCUUCAUUCAUGGUACGUAUAUAUUGAUCCGAGUCUGGGUUGCAUGGAGCACAAAAGUAUAAAAGCGAAAUACAAACAUAUCCGUUUGAAGCAAG